AUGAAAAUCCAACUUUUCUUAGCAUUUCUUUUCUCAUUGCUCCUAAUAGUCCCUUGUUUCGCUCAGAAUUUUGCUUGUGACAAGAACAUUCCUGAAACGAGCCAAUUUCCCUUCUGUAACACAUCCCUUUCUUAUGAGAACAGAGCCAAGGAUCUUAUCUCGCGCUUGACAUUAAAGGAAAAGGUGCAACAACUAGGAAAUCAUGCUGCUGGAAUUUCCCGGCUGGGUGUCCCUGCUUACGAAUGGUGGUCUGAGGCACUUCAUGGCGUGGCAAAUGUCGGUUAUGGUGUACACUUUAAUGCGACAGUACCUGGUGCCACUAGCUUCCCAGCAGUGAUUUUGUCUGCUGCUAGUUUUAACACAACAUUAUGGUUUAAGAUGGGACAAGUGGUGUCAACUGAGGCCCGAGCCAUGUACAAUGUCGGUUUAGCUGGGUUGACUUAUUGGAGUCCCACUAUUAAUGUGUUUCGUGACCCAAGGUGGGGUCGAGGCCAAGAGACACCAGGGGAGGAUCCUUUGGUGGUGUCAAAAUAUGCUGUGAAUUAUGUUAGGGGCUUGCAAGAAGUUGGUGAAGAAGGGAAUUCCACUCGUAACAGCCUUAAGGUAUCAAGUUGUUGCAAGCAUUAUACUGCUUAUGAUCUUGACAACUGGAAAGGUUUUGAUCGGUUUCACUUUGAUGCCAAGGUGACAAAGCAGGACCUAGAGGACACAUUUCAACCACCAUUUAGAAGCUGUGUAGAGGAGGGUCACGUGAGUAGUGUGAUGUGUUCAUAUAACAGGGUUAAUGGUAUUCCUACUUGUGCUGAUCCAGACCUGCUCAAAGGAGUUAUCAGAGGACAAUGGAAUCUUGACGGGUAUAUUGUCUCCGAUUGUGAUUCCAUUGAGGUUUAUUAUGACAGAAUCAAAUAUGCAGCCACACCUGAAGAUGCAGUAACCCUGGCCUUAAAAGCAGGUUUAAACAUGAACUGCGGAGACUUUUUGCCAAGGUAUACAGAGAAUGCAGUCCAGUUAAACAAAAUUGAAGAAUCUAUUGUAGACCAAGCCUUAAUCUACAAUUAUAUAGUCCUCAUGAGGCUUGGUUUCUUUGAUGGGGAUCCAAAAUUGCACCCAUUUGGAAAUCUUGGACCAUCAGAUGUAUGCAGCGAAGAACAUCAAAAGCUAGCACUUGAUGCUGCAAAGCAAGGGAUAGUCUUGCUAGAAAAUAACGGAGCUCUUCCUUUGUCUAUAAACGCCACAAAAAACUUGGCUGUUAUAGGACCAAACGGUAACGCUACUGUGGCUAUGAUUAGCAUCUAUGCUGGUAUACCUUGUAAAUACACUACACCUUUACAAGGACUGCAGAAGUACAUCUCAUCAGUUACAUAUGAGGCCGGGUGUCCAUUUGUGAAUUGCACUGAUGAAUCGCUUAUCGGGACAGCAACUAAGACUGCUGCUACGGCAGAUGCGGUGGUAUUGGUGGUGGGGCUUGAUCAGUCUAUAGAGCAAGAGGGCUUGGACAGGGAGAACUUGACAUUGCCAGGAUAUCAAGAGAAACUAGUAAAAGAUGUAAUUAAUGCAACCAACGGAACGGUGAUUCUCGUUAUAAUGUCUGCUAGUCCUAUCGAUAUCUCUUUCGCCAAGAAUGAGAGCAAGAUUGGAGGGAUUCUGUGGGUAGGCUAUCCUGGUCAAGCUGGAGGAGAUGCCAUAGCUCAGGUCAUAUUUGGAGACCACAAUCCUGCUGGGAGGUCCCCCUUCACAUGGUAUCCAAAAGAGUACUCUGAUCAAGUGCCAAUGACAAACAUGAACAUGAGAGCCAAUGCAACUGAUAACUUCCCUGGAAGAACCUACAGGUUCUACACAGGAAACUCAUUGUAUGAGUUUGGUCAUGGACUGAGCUACUCAAAUUUCUCAAAGUUUGUUAUUUCUGCUCCUUCUACAUUACUAGUCCCAUUAAAACCUUCUCUCAACCCAAGUAGCAUUCUCUCAGUUUAUUCCUCCAAACAAGACCCUUAUCCUAAUGGCCAAGCCAUUGAUGUUUUAAGCGUAAACUGCACCAAAUUGCAACUUCGUCUAGUCAUUGGUGUGAGAAACAAAGGGCCAAUGGAUGGAGAUAACGUGGUGCUAGUAUUUUGGAAGCCACCUAAAUCGGCAGAAAUAACAAGUCCACCAAAUAAGCAACUCGUUGCAUUUGACAGGGUGCAUGUGAAAAAGGGCAAAACAAAUAAUGUAACUUUGGCUGUGGAUGUAUGCAAGGGACUUAGUCUUGUGGACAGUGAAGGACAGAGGAAGCUGGUAACAGGAAAGCAUACGUUUAUGAUUGGAUCUCCCAGUAAGCGCCAAGUGAGGUACCAUUGCAAUGUUAGGCUGGCUCAAAAUGUAAGUAUGGGAGGAUUCCCAUCUAUGUAA